UAGGAGGGUUUUCAGUUAUCGUAAAAAAUAUACAUGGAAUUACAGACGCCAACAGGCCUCUUUCAGCCCAAACUAGUAGAAACAGCUGUAUAUUACCCCCUCAUCCAAAAUUUGGUCAAUGGACAAUCUUCCAAGCAAAUCUUACCUCAUCUUCAGGAGAUGCCGUACCUGUGGGUACUGUUCUUGAAGUUAGUUGUUAUGAUAAUUACAAAUUAGAUGGUGGUGGAAUCGUUGUUUGUAUUCGGGGUGAAUGGAAACCUACUCUGGGCAACUGUUUAAGCACUUGUCUUUCGUUGCACACCACGACUACUACGACAGUUAGUUGUACCUACAAAGGGGAAACUUUAGCAACUUGUCGCGAUGUGGUCGAGGGUACCAGAGCAGAGUUCCGUUGUGCUCCGUUUUAUGAAAUUCAAGGGAUGAAUAAGUUUCCAGUAAGAAUAUGUUCCAAUGGACAGUGGAGCGGUGGUCUUCCAGAAUGCGUACCAGUAUGCGGUAAAAAAGGCAUCACAAAGGAUUAUACGUUAAUUGUGGGAGGGUUCAACACAACGUCACUAGAAUACCCUUGGCAGGCGGCCCUUUAUGUCAAAGGUACCAAAGUAUUAAUCUGUGGAGGGACACUACUGAGUCAAAGGACAAUCUUAACAGCUGCACACUGCGUAACAAACGACAAAGGUCAACUAGAACCGAAAGAAAACUACGUAGUGGCUGUUGGCAAGUCGUACCGUAGCUACGACGAUUCGAGGGACCCCGCAGCUCAGUUUUCUUCCAUAGAAGAAAUAUAUGUUCCGAGACAAUACAAAGGUUACAUUCAACGUUAUUUUGGAGAUAUUGCCAUUAUAGUUGCAAAUGCAACGUUCGUUCUUUCGCCCAACGUCCAACCAGUUUGUAUAGUUUGGGAAAAAAAAUUUCAUCAGUCGCUAGAAAAUUCCACCAAAGUGAAUCAAUCUUACACGAGCGGUUGGGGCUUCACUUCCGAAGACGAGAACCCUUCAGACGUUCUUAAAUCGUUAAAAGUUCCACUUAUAAAUAAAGCUGAGUGUGAGCACAGACUGUCUGAAGAAGAUUUAGAGUAUCUGACCGACGAUAAACUGUGUGCCGGUUUCUUGGAUUCUGGCAUGUCUGUGUGUAAGGGCGAUAGUGGUGGAGGUCUGGUUACCAAGCAAGGUGGUAGAUAUUAUAUUACUGCAGUUGUCAGUAUUGCGCCGCAAAUAUCUUCAUCUGUCGGUGGAUGUGAUAGCCAAAAAUAUGGAUUCUAUACCCGAUUCUCGUACUACAUUGAAGACUUCAUAAUCGAUCUAGAAGCCAAAUUUGGGGGAAAUUACAGGUCCCAACAACGCGUAGCCUGCACUGAUGGUCACUGUCUCCCGAUCUCUAUAUCAACGACUCCUACAAGGCGUAGUUGUGUAUUGCCCGAUCAUCCCACGUUUGGUAACUGGUCCAUCUCUGGUACAUCCCCCACACAUUUUAUACCCGGAAUGUUGGUACCAUCAGGCACUGUUUUAAAAAUACAAUGCAACCCGAAUUACAUCCUGAGGGGUAACAACACCCUCUUUUGCAACAACGAAUUCUGGUCAUCCAGUGUUGGCGAGUGUUUAGGCACGUAUUCGCUCCAGCCCAAAAUCCUAAUUUUCAAAUUUAUAAAUGUUUGACAGCAGAUGCUAGCCUUCCACGCUGUCUUUCGAGUCCAUACGGUUGUUGCCCAAAUAACGUCACAGCAGCUACAGGACCCAAUAAC